UGACGUCCUACGCACAGCGCGCCAAACGUGUGUGGAAACAGAGCAGUUCCAAUGCUUUCUGUGUGUUCAUAACUUCAUAAUUAAUAAAGAAUUCAUCAAAUUCCGUGAUUAUUACGGCGAUGGCCAAUACUAGCAAAGAUACUCUGAAGGCCAGGAAUCUACCAUGGGUGGAAAAAUACAGACCCCAGACUCUGGAUGAUCUGAUUUCUCACCAGGAUAUUUUAACCACCAUCCAGCGGUUUAUCAGCCAGGACAAGCUCCCCCACCUCCUGUUCUAUGGCCCCCCCGGCACGGGGAAGACCUCCACCAUCCUGGCGUGUGCCAGACAGCUGUACAAGGAGAAGGAGUUUAACUCCAUGGUGCUGGAGCUGAACGCCUCAGACGACAGAGGUAUUGACGUGGUGCGAGGUCCCAUCCUGAGUUUUGCCAGCACCAGGACCAUAUUUAAAAAAGGCUUCAAAUUGGUGAUACUGGACGAAGCGGAUGCCAUGACCCAGGAUGCCCAGAAUGCAUUGCGGCGAGUAAUUGAGAAAUACACGGAGAAUACGCGGUUCUGCCUCAUCGGCAACUACCUGUCCAAGAUCAUCCCCGCCCUGCAGUCCCGCUGCACGCGCUUCCGCUUCGCCCCGUUGUCCCAAGACCAGAUGAUCCCCCGUCUGGAGUACGUCAUCCAGCAGGAGAGCAUCGACAUAACUCCCGACGGCAUGAGGGGCAUCGUGACUUUGUCGUCCGGAGACAUGAGAAGAUCGCUCAACAUACUGCAGAGCACCAGUAUGGCGUAUGGAAAGGUCACCGAGGAGACUGUGUACACCUGCACGGGUCACCCCCUCCGCUCCGACAUCGCCAACAUCCUCGACUGGUCGCUCAACAAAGACUUCACCGCCGCCUACCAACAGAUCCUCGAGCUGAAGACCUUGAAAGGCUUGGCCCUCCAUGACAUCCUUACAGAAGUCCACCUGCUGGUACACCGAGUUGAUUUCCCCCCAGCCAUACGGAUGGGUCUUCUCAUCAAACUCGCUGAUGUGGAACACAGGCUGGCCUCAGGAACCAAUGAGAAGAUCCAGCUGAGCUCCAUGGUGGCAGCCUUCCAGGCCGUGCGAGACCUAGUGGUCUCUGAGGCUCUCAAGUAGUCUACUCUGUCUACUGAUGUUGACAGACCGGGGAACCAUCACUCUUGGCUUUUUCCGUAUAAAAGUUCUGCUUCAUAGCAUGUUUCGAAGUCAUUGCGUUAUUCAACAGCCACUGCGUUUCAGUAAGAAGACUUAUUUUUUUGUCUAUUGCUGACAAGUACCAAAUGCGCCCAGACGGAGUUGAUGUUGCAGGUUCUUUGUUUUGUUUUUGCACAAUACGUGUGACGGUUCCCCCCUAAGGAAGACUUUGAGAAUAACGUCGGCCCAUUCCAGGAACCUUUGCAUGGUAUGGAAUGACUGGGAUGAAAGGGAAACCUUCCAACAAGGUUCCAGUGAUUUGCCAGGUAGACAUGGAGGUGACUGAAUGUGUUUAAACAAACAAAUGGACUGGAAUGUACCGAGUUGCAGAGUCACUCAUUUAUCUGCAAGAUGGUGAACUUUAAGACCAGGAAGCUUACAAAAUUUCUUCCUCGUCUUUAAUACAAUUACACUUUGUUACAGUUUUUUAAACGUUGAAUAUCUAAAAUAAACUUUUCCUACUUUGUCCUUCCUAUGUUCUUUUAUUUAUUUACAAGUAGAUUAUGAGGUAAAUAACCAAAAAAUGGCUUUUAUUCUAUUAGAAUGUAAACA